AGAACUAGCCUAGCCUAGGCCUAGCAAUACAUUUUGGAAUGUAAUUUCAAAUUCGAUUCAUGUGAAGGAAGAGAUAGUCCACAGAUUGUUAAGUAGAUCACUUGAGUUCAAUUGGGGCCUACUAGAAGAAUUUCGAAAAGCUAUAAACCUUUGACUUUGUACAAAGUCAAAAGUAUUGUGGCCCAACCACUUGUCUCCACCACCUCUCGACAGUUUCCAGCUCCAAACCAUCCUUUUUUUAGUUGCCUCUCCUACAUAUUUUUCACUACAAAUUAAGAUUUAUCGCAGAGUCUAAAAAUAAAAUAAAAACCCUGUAAGCAAGCAUAUUGACUCCGAAUAUGUAUAAGUUAAAACAAACCAAAUGAGUUUUCUUAAAUUCUUUUUUCACGUACCCACUUUGGUAGAUAUUCUUGACCUAUGCUUAGGAGGUUGGUGUUGAGCAUUACCAAAUCCAAUCAUUAGCUGGCCAAUAAUCAUAACAGAAACAAAGUUAUAAUAACAAUUGAAUCAACCGUUUUAAAACUUGGAUAUAACAUUUGAUACACUUUUGUUUUCUUCUUUAUGCUGACUUUAAUGGUCAGCAGGAAGUUAUUAAUAUGAAUUAAAAAACUAAGAUAACAAGAACAGCUAAUUAAAUAAUACAAACACAGAUAAUGGUAACAACUAUAAGUUAUAAUCGGCUCUCGUUGUAUUGAAGCCGGCCUACAGAGCCGGCUAGAGAAUCAUUCUUUUCUACAAAUAUACAAUCAUAUAUGUCUUUUUAGUCAAAUAUAUAAAUCAUAGUUGUUUACGAUUUUACGCUAAAUAGAUGACACGUACGUAUAUAAACUAUAAUAAUUUGCUUAAACUGUACUAUUUCAUAUGAGAUUAUAUCCACUUAUAUAUCGAUAUUGAAUCAUUGAUCUACAAAUUGCAUUAUUUUUAGACACAACUUAAUACUUAAACAUGGAUUCAUUUGGUAUUUUCAAAACAAUUUGUAUCCUUUAUAACCACUCAAACUAAUCAGUAAUCACAUUUGAAUGAUGUCCGAUUUCUUUAAUGAGAUAUUAAUCAACAAAUUCAUGCAUAUAUGUAUGUCAAUAUGCAAUUAGUGACUCCAACUCUCAUAUUAUUAUAUAGGUAGGUAUAUCUUAUACACUUAAAUACGACACUGCUUUAUGACAUCUUACCUACUACUAAAAACUAUAUCUACAUGCUUAGAUGCACAUGCAAAUAUGUAAGAAACAUCACUUAAAAAUACUAUAGUUCAUCAUAUGAAAACAUCUGUUGCAUGGAUUCCAUACAUUUUGUUUCCAUCCAUUAAUUUAAACUAAUAUUCGGCUUAUAGUUAUGUACUAUAUCCGAUAAGGCAUUGGAUGAUCACCAAUUCUUUACUCUUAUGUGAACUUGAAUAUUCGGUCAUCAGAAAAAUCAUUUGUUUUGUAAAACAAGCAAUCAUCUCGGUGAUUAAAAGGCCAUAUAUUUAAUCUUAAAUCAAGAAUGACAUUUCAUAUACGUAUUAAAUUAAAUGUCACGGACCGUAUAUCGAAUACGUACGAACCUCCGUGAUAACCUAUCGCUCGCGUAAGGUACUAAGGUAAAAUAAUAAGUGGUGCAAUUUUAGUCUCAAAAGACACAUAUAUCACGUAACCAUGAUUUGCGACGAGAUAUAUGCAUUUUGAUUAUCAAAAAUAUAUAAUAAUUUUUAAAAAAUUCAUGUCCCUCGGCUAAGAAAUGCACCCCACUAUUCGAAGUCAACACAGACAAAAAAAAAAUUACGAAAAACAAAAAUAAAAUAAAGUCAAAAAGCUCGCUAGUUCUCUUUUUAUUAUAUUGUUAUAUAUCUCAUCUUAGUAUAUAAUCACCAACCAUCUUCUUCUUCCAUUUUCUUCAUCUUCAUAAUCUUAAUUUUUCUACAAGUUUCUAGAGGAAAAAAACUAAAAAUAUAUUUUUGUUAAUUAAAGAAGAAAAAUGCUAGGAAAAAGAAUAGCUUCCUUCAAGAACUUAGCCAAGAAAAUGAAGAGCAUCAACACGACGACGAGAAGCGGAGGAGAAGGCGGCUCCCAGUCAACAUAUAACGAGUCUCUUCUGAUGAAUGAGGCGGAGGAGACGGCGAUGGAGACAAAGACGCCGACCGGGACGUUCGCGGUGUACGUAGGGGAAGAGCGCGUGAGGCGCGUGGUUCCGACAAGCUACUUGAAUCAUCCUCUCUUUAGGAUGCUCCUUGAGAAGUCUCACGACGAGUUCCUCUGUUUCGGGCAGAAGGUUAUGUUGGUCGUCCCUUGCAGCCUCUCCGUUUUCCAAGACGUUGUAAAUGCCAUCGAGUCUUGUAACGGCAACUUUGAUUUCGGCGAGUUUGUCGAGGAAUUUCUAUAAAUUUAAUUUCGACUUCUUCUUCAUAAUUAUGAUUUUUCCUCAAGACAUUUUCUUAGGUCUUUUUUAGGAAAUUAUAUAUUCAUAGGAUUGAUUGAUUGUGAAAUUUGUGAUACAUUGAACGCCCCUUUGUUGCGUGGUGUGGAAUUUGUAAUUUUUUCCUAAAUAUCAAUACAUAGUUUUAUCUAGUUUAA